CGGCAACACCGUAUCGAUACCUGGGUGGACAUUUUAUCGUCCACUUUGCGGAAUGGGAGCUUAUCAGAUUAUCUUCCACGCUUGCUCCCCGUCCUCCGUACGGUGCGCUGACUAAUCCAAUUGCACCAAUACGUACGGUGGACACGCAAAGAACGCUCUCGUGUCUCUCUCUUUCUCUCUCUCUCUUCCAUAAAUCUGUCUCGUAAUCUCGCGGGCCACGCGAUUGUAUAAUUACUAAGUGCUUUCGCGCGUUCUCCGUUUCGAGCGCGCAACAGUGGAGCUCGUCGUCGCCCCAUAAAUCGACGAAACAAUCGCGGAGCAUGGAUCGCGCUACCUGUCGAAGUAGCGCAAUCUUAUCAUCGAGAUGACUCGCUCGGCCUCGAAUAAGAGAGAGAGGUUUUGGGAAACGUCGUACGUCUCAGGCAGCUGAAGAGCACUGUGUCAAUAUUUAUUUAAUGAACACAUGUGAGAUAUAUAGAAAUAUGAGGCGGACCCACUAGCUCCAGGAAAAUGGCACGAGAGGAAUAUUCCGUGAACGCUAUGACAAACACACUUUGCCACAGGAGAUCUACACGUUGGCUGAAGAUCCCCCUAAAGUCGACCGAGCAGAUAUACCUGAUAUUCCUCGUACCGGCACUGAUCAGCUGUUGCGUGUACAUUGUUCAUUUUGCUGCUGAUCUCGUGGUAGCUAUUCAACACUUCAGGGAAGAAAAUCCAUUAUGGGGACUAUCCACCCUUACAUUCAUGUAUGCGCCAGCCCUUAUAUACUUCAUACUGACAGUCUCGAGGCCAGACUGGUGGAUGACGGAGGAAGACAAGAUGACGAAGGGCGUCCUCAAGUGGUUCGCCCUCCAAGUGUGUCAGCUCGUAGGAUUCGUGUUCUUCGUGUUGUAUAGAUACGCGGGACUCAUCGUACUGUCUGUGGAUGCUUUAAAUUUAUCCGGAAAGGAAAGAAUCGAGACGUUGAAUGUCGCCGCGGCGCCUGCGGCCAUCGAAUUGUACUUCUUCUUGCAGGCGUGGUUCCAAGCCGCUCCACAGGCAGUUUUCCAGGCGCACCUACUCUUCAGACAGAGCUCCGUGUCCCGCAGUUCUCAGUCAAUUGGGACACAAGUGCUCUGCAUUGUCAUGUCUAUUGUAAUAAUGGCCAUCAGGACAGCUUCCUUCCAAAGAUUCGAGAGCCAGCGUGUAAACGGUAGGAAACUACCGUGGGCAAUGUGGCUGAAGAAAUACUGUAUUCAGGAGUUCAACAAUAUUGAGGAGAAAGCGCCGCUGCAAGCGACUCCAUCUUUACCCGCGAAAAAGCAAGAGGAUGAAGCGGUAAACGCGCCGUCUGAGUCAACAUCGCCGCCGGAAGAAACCUCAACAGUUACUGCCGAGAACGAGCAACAGCAGCAAGAGCUUCAGAUUCAAUCGCAGCCUCACACAGCUUCGCUCGAUCGUCAAGUCUCCGUGACGCCACCGUUACCACCGAAAAAUGUACACGUGACACCGCCGCCGAUGCCGCUUCGUGGCAUAACGACGGUUACGCCGCUCCCGGUGCCGGAUGUGCCGGCGCCGCCACGUCCAGACUCCGUUUACAACACGGAGGAAGAGGCAGCGAGAGGCGGUCCCGAAUCGAAUCAAAGACUGAUAGACGACGGUGCGCAGGCGAGCUUAAAAGUUCCUAAGCGAAAGUAUUCGGAGAAGGGCCUCGAGGAGGACGAUCCGAUAGGACUAUUCCUGUCCUUCCUCUGGUGGUUCUUCUUCAUCAUGGCACGCGUGUUUGCCAUCGCUACGGCCUAUGAGUUCUAUCCCACUGCCGUGCUGACAGUGAUGGCCGUGCACUACGCCGUCAUGCUUGCCUACCUGUUCUACUACGCCAAGUAUUACGACGUCGUCUCGUUCAUCGUCAACCUUUGGCUCGGACUGGUCUACAUAUUCAGCCUGAUCGAAUACCGGAUCAAGUUCAAGUACGCUGACUGGUGGACGUUGCCGUAUUACAUAUUCGUGAUCGCACAGAACGUCGCGCUGACCCUCACGUGGUAUGUGCACGCUGACUGGACUGGGUUCUGGUAUACCUACACAUUCGGCAUGAUCCUCGGCAGUAUGGCGCUCUGCAUUCUCUCGUCCGGGAUGUACUAUGCGAUGUUUAGGCCGAAGAAACGCAGAGUGUACAGCUGUUGACGAUCGUUGGAAGCAAUACUGUCUUUCAGAUAAGUUUUCUUCCGAGAAUCGUACUUCCAUUUUCAACUUUUCCCAUAUGGCGUAUAAAUAAACUGUAAAUACACACUUGAGAGAUUAAUCAAAUCAUUUUAUGGAAGAAACAGACAUUUCUUCUGAAACAUUGGCGGCUUUCUAUAACUUAUUUACACUUUGUAGACGUUUUGCAAUUUUUGAUAAAGCUUUAGACUUCUCAGUGUUCAAAUGUUUCGAGAAUAUUUUACACAAAAGUAUAUAUCGUUUAUUAAAUUUAUAUUUAUAAGCUAUUGCUGUAUAUUACAUUUGACUGUCUUACGCUAAUCAUAGAAUGAUUGGUAUAGAAAAAGACUUUUUAGACAUGAUUAUCGUUAGAUUGAUACAAGAAAAACUCCCAAAAAUAAAUCUUAAAUAUAAAAUUGCGCAAUUAUUCAUCAUCGAGCACUUUUUUCGUGUAAAAAUUCUUAUUUAAAAUAUAUCUUGAUUAAAAAAAAAGAGAUUUCUUGUACCAAUCUAAUACUUUAGGCAGCGCAUUUCACUAUUUGAUAAUGUAUUUACAUAGGCUGAGAAAUAACACUUAUAACGCUAUUACCGUUACAGUUAAUUGUUUUGGUAACGGAUUGGAAAUGGCGUUAUUUUCCCUUUUUCGUAACUAUAACGAUAACGUAGUUACAUGUUUUUCAGUAACAAGUUUAAUGGUUACUUUUAUCGUUACUUUUUACAUUUUAAACUUAUUUGUAAUAUAAUUUUCGUUGUGUACGCACAUAUACGUUAUGUGUGUAUAUGUUCAAUCUUCAGUCUUGACUAAUAUUUAUAGUUUGUUGUUAUACUUAAAGCUUUGUGCACAAUAGAAUAUUAGAUAUUAGGAAUAGAAAUUAAAAUUUCGAUUUCUUCAAUGAACAUUAAACGUAACAAUAAUAUGGAUACGAAAAAAUGUAAGGCAAUAAAUGUGCAUACAAGAUAUAACACAACUUAUUAUUUAUCUGUAGUGUUUAAUAAAAAAAACAAUCUAAAAUUUAUAUUUCCUAUUCCUAAUAUCUAAUAUUCCUUUAUUGUGUGCAAGAUUUUAAACUGUAGAUCGUUUUUUAUAAUUGGACUAGCGUACACUGUGUACUUAAAUUGGAAUAGGUAUGUUUGAAAAUCGGUGAAAGAGAGAAGAAAAAUUAUAAUUCAGUAUAGUUCAGUGCAGUAAUAAAAAACGUACCUAAUCUUAAAAACCAAUCAUAUCACUAUACAUUUUAAGAACAAUUUUUAAUUUGAAAUUAUUAAACUGAUGAAAUUUGUUAAUACAAGAUUGAAGAUGCAAAUAAGUCUGAAUAUCGCUGUACUUAUAACUUUAACCCUAGAAUGAUUAUUGACUAUGGUAUAAUAUUGCUAUUGAUACGUAAAUUUUACGUCCGAGGAAAUUGGCUAUUCUUAUUUAAUGUAGCACAAGAUUUUCAUGACUUUCACAUUUUUAUUGACAAAGUAUAAUCUUGACCUUUAUGAACAUAAAUAAUCUAAUUGUCAAAUUAAAAUAAAUGAAAAAAAUAAAAGCAUACUAUCAAAUUCAAUUUUGAAAUGAUUUGAACUACAGUCUAAUGUCUCCUCAUAACAUUACACAUUUGGAAUAUUUGGGGGCUAUACACAAAAUUAACAUAUCAUUCUAGAGUUAGUAAAAAUUGAAAAUCAAAACUCAUUUUAACCCUUUGAGCCACUAAUUAUUCUUGCUUAUCAAUUUUUGAUAAAACUCUGUCUCUAGGGGUUUUUCGCUGAGUACGAAUCCAAUGUCAGAUUUAAAAAAUGUUUAAUGGUGAAUUUAAUAUGGCGGACAUAAAACAAAAAAUUAAACCAAAUUCUGUGAAACUUCGUAUCUAGGAGUUUUUCUGGAUGUUGAUUCUGGAUGAUUGAAUUCGUUAUCAGAUUUACAAAAUUCAAAAUGGCGGAUCCAAUACAACGAAGCUCCUGGAUACUAAGUUUCACGGAAAUUAGUUGAAUUUUUAUGCUCGCCAUAUUGGAUCUACCAUUUUUAAUUUUGAAAUUCUGAUAGCGGAUUCGUAAUCAGUACCUCAAAAAAAACCCUAAAUACUAAGUUUUAUGGAAAUUGGUUGAAUUUUUAAUAUUGUGUACAUUUUCGAAAAUUUGACAACGGAUUCGUAAUCAGCGAUUUCAAAAACCCCCAGAUGUAGAGUUUUGUAUAAAUUAGCGCUCUUCUCUGAGAGAAAAUAAAUUUCUUUCAAAAAAAA